CGUCCCCGUCCCGCUGGCCGUGCAGUGUCGUUUCGUGCAACAAAAAUCACAAUAAAAAUCGUAAAUUUCUACCGUCGAUUCCCCCCAUUAUCGUAAUUGAGCGACUCUAAUCGGCACCGCGCGUGUUCCCCAAUGCAACAGUAGACGACCUCCGGUGGAAAGCAACGCAAAUAAAUUGCAAUUUCGUGGUGUGAAAGUUCCGUAUCCGCGAAUCGGCAAAAACUCGCGAGUGUCGUGUGUGUCCCACUUUUCCUACGCGCGCGGGGCUGGGAACCGUGACUCCGGUCGGGUAGCCUAGAUGAAAAUGAGCGCACCCCGGCUGGUCGCCCGGGCUAGCCGGAGCCGCUUCUUCGUCGGACUCGGCAUCCUCAUCCUGAUGGUGGGCUUCGUGGCCAUCUUCCACAGCUCGCAGCAGCAGCUGGACCAACUGAGGAACCUGUCGAUCCGGUGCGAGCAACAGCAGGAGGCCAUCUCGGCCAAGAUGCAGGUCGUCGUCGACCAGAAGCUCCGUCUGGAGAACUCGCUGCAGUCGGAACGGCUGGUCCACGAGCAAAGCCGGGUCGAGCUGCAGCACAAGGUGCACGACGAAAAGGAGCAGCACACCAAGGCGGACCAGGAGGCAAACAUCCGGUACGCGGCGCUGCAGCAGCAUUACACCCUGAUGAAGAGCCAGCUGGACGAUUUGACGGAGGAAUGUUCCAAGAGCAAGCGGAAGCAGCUGGAGGAGAUCAACUCGUUGCAGCGCAAGGUGACCGAACUGCAGGGAAAGGUGGCCCUGCACCGGAAGGAGUCGGCCAGCGAUGUCGAGCAGCUGAAGGCCCAACUUGCUCAGGCAAGGCAGGAAAAGGUCAACCUGGAGAGUACCUAUCGGCAGAAGCUCGCGUUCAAGGAGAAAACCAUCGAAUCGCUGAAGCAGCUGAACGAAAAAAUGGAAAAGGAAAAUUCGCAGUACAUUGAGCUGUGCAAAAUUCCUCCGGGGCAGAUGCCGCACCACUACAAGGCGGCGGAAGUGUUUGAGCAGCUUCCGCCGGGCAUCCCGAACUCGGGCCCGCUGCGGAACUUUGCCGAGCAGAUUUCCGUGAGUGAAGAUUUGUAUAAAAUUCCCGUAGUUUUGCGCAAUCGAACAACUUCUACUAAUGGUGUCGGUGCUCCUCCGGGGAAGGCCAGCGAGGAAACGCGCGGUGUGAUCGCUAAGCCGUUCGAAACUAACGCCGUCAGGCCAAGGCCAGCUUCCGCAGCCGAUGGGGGCGUUAUUAAUUCUGUGGAAAAUUUUCAGAUCAUUCCCAAGCCACUGCCGCUGGUGUUCGAGGACGAAAGCAAGAAGCAACAGCCCAACAACCAGAACGUUCUGCAGCAACCGCAGCUGUUGAAAACCUCCACGUCUAUUUCGUCGGCGUUGAACAAGAAAACGUCCGAAAGGAACAGCAAUCUGCAGGUGCCCAUCCUGGCCGCACCGACUGUAGUCUCCCCGGAGGGCAGCAAAUCGUCCUCGUCCACGACCAGCACGACCACCGCCAGCAACGGCCUAGUGAAGAAACCCGCCAGCAAGCACCGCUCGCUCCCGGAAGGCGUCGUCCCGUUCCCAGAAAACAUGGAAGACCUCAUGAAGGUCGACGAGAACAAUAGCGAAAACGCCAUCAACAAUCGGUACCAGAACGCGGCCUCGCACCCCAACGCGAACGGCGCCGACAAGCGCACGCGCAACGACAAAGAUCUCAACUUUAUGAACGCCAACGUUGAGCUGGAGAACGGCGCCCAAGAAGUGGACGACUUCAACCUCGGAGGUGGCGGCGGCGGCGCGGCUGCAGCCCACAACGACCAGCUGCAGCAGCCGAACGUGAAGGACAACGGCGGGGACAAUCUGAACGCCGCCGAGGAGGACACCAAUCUGUACGAGCAGAAGCAGUUUGCGAAUCAAGGGCAAGGUCAGCAGCAGCAGCUGCAGCAUGGUGGAUUGGACUAUAAAGAGGUGCAUCAUCAUGGUGGAGGCGCGAAGGGAGGAGGCUUCGGGGAGAAGCUGAUCAACGAGAUUGCGCGGGAUCACGGCAAGGAGGGGGACAACUACCCGAACGAAAUGGAGGAAGAUUUGCAUCUGGACGGGCAGCAGGAAGCGGAGGAGGAGGGUGAUGUUGGUGAAUACGAUGAUCCUACGGCGCUAAAGCAGGGCCAUGCAGAGCGCAACUAGAUGGCACGUGCGUCAUCAUCGCAACUACUGGAGAAUCACAGCAUGAUGGUUGUUGCGGAUAUUAGAUUCCCCUUUUUCAGGUUCCGUACUCAAUGACAAAACACAAACAGACACAAACACAACAAAAAAGAGAGAAUCUAUUUUCUACCACACACAAUUAGUGAUGAUAAUUAUGCUGAUGAUGGUACGAGGUUUGUUUCUAGUUAGUGCAGUUGUAGUAGAUGUUAAGUGAAGCCAAGAUUUGCGUAAAAUUGUGUAUCACGAAAAUUUAUUGUAGAAGAAGCAGAAAAGUUGCAUUUCGUUGUAUAAAAUACAUGAACCCACGGGAAAUUGUACCACAACUCGACCUUACUCAGUUGAGAUUGUUCGAAUAUUAGUAUAUUUUACGCAAAACAAUUUCCCAGUGGCGAUUAUCAAAUGGAGAAAGUAGACCCAUUUCUUGAGAUUUAUUUAGUUAACGCAAUACUGAUAAAAAAAAAAUGAAUCGAGUGCGUACUACCAGCGCUUCUUGCAGCGGUAUCUUCCGUACUUGUUAGAUUUAAGAGAGACCGGGUUGAUUUUUCUUCCUAACUGUGAAAGUGUAACGAAACUAGCGUUUGAGUUACUUACGCCGCACAAUCAUAUUAAUAGUUUAUUUGCGUUUUUUGUUAAAUUAUUCGAGUUGAUUAAAAAUAAAUCGUGUAACCGUUCCACUAAAUUUAGCAGUUUUCAAAAUGAUUUAACUUAUGCUAAAUAGUCUAUAGUUUACUCAGAAAGACUCUUACGCUAAACGAUGUUCGUCCUUUAGAUCCUUAUUUUGUUAAGAUACAAGCUCAAACGUGAUUUUUAUAAUGUCAAGCUAAGGUUAAUUUGGUUUCACAAACGUCUUUUGUGCAUGCAUUAUCAAAUGCAGUCUGUUAGUGAGAUUCAACGUGGUAGCUUCUUUUUUGGUUCCUCUUCUCAUUGCCAUACAUAAAGUCUGUAUUUUCGGUGUUUUAUUUUCCGAACAAUUGCAUAACUGCGAACGCAAAACCGAAAACGGAACCUGUGUGUAGAAAGAUAAGUCCACCUGUUUAAAUCAUUUGGUAAGCUUUUAAAGAAACCUAAACUUCACAACAACAA